UGACUUCAAUUGGUACAUUUGUUAUCUGCAAAUAAUAAAUUUCUUGGUAUACAACGGAUUCAUCGACAGUUACUGUAAAUGGAUGUGGAGGAACCCAUGGUCGAUAAACAUACGGUAUGUUUAAUUUGUUACAACUCCUCUCAACUGCUGUCCAAAUUAAGAAACGAAUGACGCCAUAACAAUGCCUUUAAGCGAUUAUAAUUCUCCCUGGUGUCAAGACACAACAGGAAAAAUGGUCGACUUGUCGUGGUUGGAUAGUGGUCCAAACAUCAUAUUGGAACAACCUCAGGAUGUUUUGACAGAAUUGUCUGCAACAGAUCUUCAAGUUCUAGCCCCGGAAAUCCCGAACGACGAAGAGAUUCUAAAACAACUUAACGAAACAACAUUUGAAUUCGAUAAUUUAUUCGCCGAUUUUGUUGCAAAAAUGGACGAAAAUGAAUCUCUUCCUUUACUAACCGAUUUGGAAUCGUUUUGCCACAAAAGGAAAAAGAAAAGAAGUAACGUAAUCGAUGGACUUCUGAAAACAGAAUCCAAUUUGCCUUCGUCAUCUACUUCAACAGAGUCUCCUUCUACAUCAUGUGCCUCAUUAUCAUUUGUUCCGUCUACAAAAUCUUGUCAGGUGAUGACAUCUUCAUCAGAUACUUGUCUUCAGGAGUCUGAAUCGUCCGAUUCUGGAAGAAGUGUGAAUACCUAUAGCGAUGUAAGGCAACACGAAGGCCAAACGGGUGAAAGCUUAUCGGGCGAGGGUUUAUUACAUAUGGAAUCUCCUAGCCCCAUUCCAGAAACCAAGACUUUAUUGCAGAACAUAUUGCAACAAGCGCCCGCUCACGUCCCUUGCCACUUGAACAGUUUAUGUAAUGCCAUGGCGUCGUGUGUCAAUGCCACAGGUUCCCUCCCACCAAGUCCUGCUGACAGCGGAGUAUCUGACGUUGACAGUACCAGUGGUCAUCUCAGUAACGAUGACACUAAAUCCAGACUUCAACCUACACCAGGUCCACCCUGUCGUACACCAGAUUCUCCCAGUCCGAAUAGCCAAAGUUAUGGAAUUCCGGCUUAUUGUCAGUUAUCUCUCCACUCCCAAUAUUCCAAUAGGGCGUCUACCACCUAUUCCAAUAUGGCAAAUUUAUAUAAUUCGCCGGCGGGAUCAUAUAGGAACACAUCUUACCUCGAAAAACCCCAUUCCAGUACUUCUCCUCAAGUUAACACCAGUAGCCAUUUGGCAGCAGCGCUAGCAGCAACAAGAACACAUCAUCCUCUCACACUAACGAGGACUAGUCCGACUUCACCAACUUCAUCUGGUCUCAGUUCACCAAUUUCUAUUCCCACAUCUGUCAUAACAGCCACUCAUUGCAGUAGUCCAACAGAUUUAGAUCAGGAUGUAUCCUGUUUUGUAGAGGAUUUAUCCUUCCAACCUAGGCCGAAGAAAAAAGGAAGAAGACCAAAAAAUGCAGACGGAUCGUUACCGACUGUUAAAAGAAAAAAUAGAGAAGGUUCAACAACAUUUCUAUGGGAAUUUUUAUUAAAAUUACUACAGGACAAAGAAUAUUGUCCUCGUUAUAUCAAGUGGACCAACCGAGAAAAAGGUGUUUUUAAAUUAGUCGACUCCAAAGCUGUAUCACGUCUUUGGGGAAUCCAUAAAAACAAACCAGAUAUGAAUUACGAAACAAUGGGAAGAGCAUUGAGGUAUUAUUAUCAAAGAGGAAUCUUAGCCAAAGUGGAUGGUCAGCGAUUAGUGUAUCAAUUUGUUGACGUACCUAAAGACAUAGUGGAGAUCGAUUGUUCAGGAACGUGAAUUGUGCUCAUGAUUGAACUGUGCACUAUUUUUAUACAUACUAUAUAAAUAUAUUAUAAAUAUAUAUAUAUACAUAUAUAUAUCAGAAAGUUUUUAUCUGACAACCGUUUCAUGUUUAUGAACGAACAAGAUUAUAACGACAAAAUCGUUUUAUUUAUUAUAUAUAUGAGGGAGCGAGAGUGAGUUAAAAAAAAAAAAAGGAAAUUUUCACCUAUUCCUAAAAACGUCUUACCUUACCUUCAAGUCAGCCUGCUGAAAAGUAUCUCAUCGGCCUUGUUAUAUACAGUAUAUAUAUAUAUAUAUAUAUAUCACUUAUCAUAAAUCGUGUUUUUUCCAUGUGAUGCCAAUUUACUUUGGCGAAUAUCAACUUGGCUCCAUUUUAAAGAAAAUUUUAACUUAUCCAGCUUAUGUAAUUCCGAACGUGGUCACAAUUUCUACCUUUGUUUUAGGUUUUAAACCACCAGAAUUUUUUGUGACGUCUUUGAUUUUUUCGCGGCUCCUUUUUUUUUAAAUAAUCACGAUUGCUCAUUCGAUAGUUUAUAGUAGCCGGUUAAACGAGUGUCCGCUAUGGUUCCUCGUUACCUCUUAACAGUCCACGUGCCAGAUGCCUGUGAGCGGGUCAUUUCGGCCCAUACGGCUCUACGUUUUACACGUAUCAGUGUUUAGUUAAAACUAACCAAGUCAAGUGGAAGGAGUUAAAAAUAUAAAUCGCACACAACCGAGUUAUAUAUAAUAAUAUUUAUUUUUUCUGUCGCGUUAAAAAAAAAGUAACAAUAUUUAAGAUAAUGAAUUUUCCUGCAUCGAAAUGUUUCUGUUUCAUUUUUAAUUUCGUAUUUGCACAGCAUCAAACGAAAGGGGCCUUAAAAAUAAAGUAAGAAAAAUGUCUGUCACAUGAACGGUUGUGCUUAAUUUCUAAUCUGCCGUCCAAAGAUUUAAAAAAAAAAGACAAAUGAAUCGAAAUUCUUAAAAAAAAAAUUGUAAUAGAUUUUAAGAUACAGGAUCGAAGGCUUUGGUGUUGUGCGAACGGAUGAAUAUGAACGGAUCCGCGAUUAUCGUGUGACGUCACAGUGAUGGCAGGAUGAAUUCAUUUGCUUCCUAUAGGGAGUUUAUCCUCAAAAGGAGUUAAAUCUCCGUUUAUAUAAUUGGGUGCCGGAUAACGUACGAAUCUGCGUGCCUAAUACUUACUCCUGUGGAAGUAUAUUACUAUAUUAAUAUUAUUAUUAUUAUUAUUAUAUUAUUAUUAUUAUAAUUAUUGUCGUGAUGGACACUAUACAUCGUGUGUCGAUAGUGUAUAUUCAACAAUUACCAAUACAAUAUUCAAAAUGCUUGUUUUUGGUACUUAAAAAAAAUGGGUGAUAUGUUGGAUGGCCCACACCUACUUCUGUUUGUGUAAGUUCUGUCAUUUUUUACUUGAAAGUGAAAGGUGCAUAAGUUGGUGUGUGCCGCCUCGUCAGUAUAAAAAUGACAAAUGGAAAGUCAGUUGUAUUUUAAUCUGUGUUAAGUAGACUGAUUCCAAUUAGUUUAUUUGAAUCGUCAGAAUUUAAUAGGCGCUUCUUCCGCACAAAUCCUGCAGAACGCCAUUCUGACGUCACAUUGGGGCGUCUUUGUAUAUAUUAGUGACGUACAAAUAAAUUGUUCUACUAAAUAAA